UUGCUCCAUUAUCAUCCGUCACUGAUUCGCUACGCAAACGCAAUGGCCUCGUUCUCUGCAUUGCAUCCUUCCCAAACGACUCCGAAUCUACCUACGAAGCUGCAUGCAAUCUCUCGCAGCUUUCCUCAUUCUCGGCCUGCAUUUCUCUCCUUCACUUCCAGAACCCGAGUUCCUCGCCACAGUCUCCAAAUCAGAGCUCUCGAUGCUGCUCAACCCUAUGAUUACGAGGCAAAGAUAAAUGACCGCUUAGAGAAGAGCACGAAGCUGAAGAUCGCCAUUAUUGGGUUCGGAAAUUUCGGCCAAUUCUUGGCUAAGACCUUGGUUCGACAAGGCCACACUGUUUUAGCACAUUCUCGAUCGAACUAUUCGGCCGCGGCUCGUGAAUUAGGGGUUUCGUUCUUUUCUGAUCCUGAUGAUCUCUGUGAAGAGCACCCAGAGGUAAUCCUUCUCUGUACUUCAAUUACUUCCACCGAGUCCGUUCUUAGGUCGUUUCCGGUGCAAAGGUUGAAAAGGAACACCUUGUUUGUGGACGUUCUUUCGGUGAAAGAGUUCCCCAGAAAAUUGUUCCUUAAGGUGCUGCCGCCGGAGUUUGAUAUUCUCUGCACUCACCCCAUGUUUGGACCAGAGAGUGGAAAACAUGGGUGGGCUGGGCUUAAUUUCGUCUAUGACAAAGUGAGGAUUGGGAGCGAGGAAUCAAGGAUUAACCGGUGUAAUCAUUUUCUGAACAUUUUUGCUCAGGAGGGUUGUGUCAUGAUUGAAAUGUGUUGUAUAGAACAUGAUAAGUAUGCAGCAGGGUCACAGUUCAUAACUCAUACAAUUGGGAGAGCACUAGGGAAGUUUGGACUGGAGACUACACCUAUAAAUACUAAGGGGUAUGAUACAUUAUUGAAUUUGGUGGAGAACACAGAAGGGGAUAGCUUUGAUCUUUACUAUGGGCUGUUUAUGUAUAACAAGAAUGCACUGGAGCAAUUAGAGAGGUUGAGCCUAGCUUUUGAGUCACUAAAGAAGCAGCUUUUCGGCCAUCUACAUGAUGUUCUUAGAAAACAACUAUUUGAAGAUACUGAGGGGUUGGAUCUUUCUGAGGAGAAAAAAUUGCUUCCUGAACUACAUCCAAAUGGUGUUGGAAUCAAACCACCAGAAGGAACUUGAGAUAAGGCCCUAAGGAAAUCAUCCUUUUUUGUCUUCUUUUGCUUCCAUAAUGAUGGCAAAAAGGCUUGGCAGAAUGUAUGCAUGAACAAAGAAUCACUGGUAGGAUUGACUUAUCAUUACACAAUCGGUUGAUAUCAUAGAGAACAGAAAUAGGAGACAGAAUCAAAAUUGAAUUAAACUUAUUUUCUUUUAUUUGUUUUGGUAGGCAUUGUAGCUUCAAAUUGCAAAAUUGAGGAUUAAAAUGUUCUCUGAUAUAGAUUUCAGGAAAAAUUGGAUCUAGAUUUGGUUGUGCUGAAUCUUAAUAUUGUUCUUCAUACAGUCAUCAGAAAGGAAUGUAAAUUAUUUCUGAUCAUUCUGCGCACCAA